GUGCCAUUGCAUGACUGUUUAUUGAUUUAUUAUAAUUGUAUUAAUUUGUUGGACAAUGCAUUUCUUGACAUUAAUGCAAUGCAUUUUUUUUUACUCUACAUCUCUCUACACGUAAACUAAGGGUGGAGUGCAUUUUUAAACUACAUUUGAAAGGAUCUUACCAGUCAUCCAAUUAGAAUAUCAGGAAUUGACCAUUCAUCUCAUGCAAUCGAAUAGAGGCUUCAUGCAUUAGGUUUCCAAAAGGCUUGUACUCGCAUCACGUAAAUCAAAUUCAAUAUUGGUUGUACAUAGCAGAAUACUGUGUAAGCAUCUUUUUAUUGUGUGCCAUUCAUUUUAGCUUAUUUCACUACAUGCAUUUAAGGUUUAAAAUAAAUAACUGUGCAAUGUAUAGUAUACUACACAAUAUGUUUUACUGUUUGUCCUUUAUCGGCGACAUUUUUGCUGACACUUUCAGUCUACCGAUUCAAAGGUUUUAAGGAUCCUUUCUAAAAAAAGAAUAAUACAGGAUCUAUAUAAGUGUUAGCAAAGAUGUAUUAUAUUGUAAUAAACUGUUACAAUUGUCAACACUUUUAGUAACUUGCUUGUGGAAGUUUAAAAAUGACAUCGAGGGAAGUGUGUUUUAAGCCUGCUCCUUUUUGGCACACCUUUAAUUAGAUUUUCACAAAUUCAAUAAAUAAAUUAAACCAAAAAUACAGGACCAGCCAUUUUAACAACACGCAUGACUGAAAGUUAGCAAACUGGCAUUUGCAGUGCUGGUAUUUAUCCCAAAAUAGAUCUCCUGCAUGUGACACCUCCCUGUCCAAAUAGAAAUUCUGAUGCAAGACAGCUUCUGCUAAAAAGACACAGCUGUCUGGACAACUUGAGUGAAAAACAGAGCCACGCUCGCUACAUGCUUCAAAUUAUAGAAAAAUGAAGAGCUUAAAGUUUAUCGCUGCCGAGAGUUUCGUGUUGGAUACCACAAAUGCCAAGAAGAAUUUGAUUUGUAUUUCUCAAAAUCUUUAUCCACUUCUUUUUAAAGCAAGUUAUUUGCAGGAACAGUCUGAAAUGAUUCAUGACAUAGUUCAAAACUGGCCUUUGGCUGAGUUAAGCCUUAACAAACUCUUGGGGGCAACAGUGGAUUGUGAAGAUGAUUUAACGAAAAGGACUUGCUAUUGCUGCAUGCAGGCUUUUUUAAAUGGGCUGAAAGCUCAUGUUCUCAGCUGCUCCACAACAUACACAAAGAAGCUCAAACUGGUGGACCUCACGGGUAUAAAGGAUGUUGGAUUCCAGCUCUGCAAGUGCAACAGAUCUUUGGGAAAGUGGGCUAGAACCGAGAUGGUAGCCAGAAUCUGUUACGAUGUACUAGUAGCGAUGCAGUCUGACACCACUAACCCAGCAGUGUUUGAUAUUUCAAUUAAUAUUCUGAUGGAUGUGUUUGUUACCAAUCAGAGUUAUGAGACAGUUGUGCCAGCCUUGUUAAUGAGAUGCCACUGUCCUCUGAAGAUAAGAUGUGUAAAUUUCAGGGUCGACAGCCUAGCUCUGAAAAGCCUCUUUUACAUCAUUAAGCUUGUCGAACCUGGUUCUCUGAAGAAGCUGGAGAUGGUUCACAAUAUCCGCCUGGAAAUGAUGCAUUUGGAAGUGCUCCUAACGCAUGUUUCUUUUCCUGAGCUGAGAUCACUGACCCUUCCUGCCAAGACAUUUGAUGUACGCAGACAUGCACCUGAAGAUGAGGCAAUCUUAUCGCACAUUGGAGAACUGCUGAGUAAGCUGACACAGCUAAAUGAACUGAGCCUAGCUUUUUCAACUCUCACCGGGAGGAUUCGAAAGCUGCUAAGUCCCUUAACUACUCCACUGCAAGGACUUGAAAUUGCGAACUGUUCAUUGAACCAUGCUGAUAUGGCAUACCUGGCAAACAGUCUUCAUGCAGAGUACCUCCAAAGACUGGACCUCAGCGGCCACGAUGUUGCAGACCUAUUCCCAUCAACUUUUUUCAAACUUCUCAGCCGUGCUUCUCACACGCUGAAGAGCCUGACUCUGGAGGAAUGCAAUAUUGGAGACAACCAUGUCAACAUGAUGAUCCUGGGUCUGGUACCAUGCAGAAAGCUGAGAGAAUUCAAGUUUCUAGGCAACCCUGUCAGCUCUCAAGCACUUAAAAGACUUUUCAGUGUGUUUGCCGACUUUCCUCACCUAGACUACAUUGAGUUCCCAGUUUCCAGAGACUGCUACCCCGAUAAUAUUACCUACCCACUGGAUGAUGAAAGUCUGGUCAAUUAUGACAAAACUAAAUUUCAGAGACUAAGGGAGGAGCUUUUAUUAAUUUUACACCAAGCAAACCGUGAUGAUAUUGUGGCCCGCACACCUCUGUUUGGGAACUAUGACGCAGAAAUUCAGGAAACAAGACAUGAACUGGGUGUUUUUAUGCUUCAGUCAUUGAGAGAUGCACUCUCCAGCUUCAUGGACAAUGGUGCAAAAUAGACCACUAUAUGAAGAGAGUCCUGGUUUAAUAGAGACAGCGAAAACCAGUGUUACAAUAUCUCAGGGUUCAAUUAAUCAAUGUUGCUAGCUCUGUAUAGUGUAACACUUUAUAAAGAAUCUUAUGAUAUUAGACUCACCAAUAGCACAUAAAUCUUUAAAGUAGGAAAAGAGAAACUUACAUUCUUAUUGACACAAAGCUGCAUGUAAAAGUUAAUGCAUAAGGGCCAUUGGCUUUCAUUAUAUUUAUUUUACUGUGUCUACUAUCAAUAAAAAUGUACAUGCUAGAUGGCUCUGUUGUACUGCAAGCCCCUCUGAA